AUUUCUCCGCGGUACAAUUCUAGUCUAUUGAUUCAAUACAACUGGCUUCACACAGUAACGUUAAUGAAUGAAGAAUAAGUUAACUAGCGCACACGUUACACACGCAUUGCCACAGAGAGAAACUGGGUGACUGUAACUUUAUUCUGUUCCCAAUACAAUACAAGAAAGUCAUCUUAUUUGAGUUCAUAGACCCGAACAGAGAUGGCUGGAAUCCUGUUUGAAGAUAUCUUCGAUGUAAAGGACAUUGAUCCCGAUGGCAAGAAGUUUGACAGAGUAUCUCGUCUGCACUGUGAAAGUGAAUCUUUUAAGAUGGACCUCAUCUUGGAUGUGAACAUUCAGAUCUAUCCGGUUGAUCUUGGUGACAAGUUCCGCCUGGUUAUUGCCAGCACGUUAUAUGAAGAUGGAACGCCAGACGACGGAGAGUACAAUCCUCAGGAUGACCGGUCAUCUAGAGCGGACCAGUUUGAUUAUGUGAUGUAUGGGAAGGUUUACAAGAUUGAGGGCGAUGAGACCUCAACAGAAGCGGCGACACGCCUCUCUGCCUAUGUGUCUUUCGGUGGCCUCCUCAUGAGGCUGCAAGGAGACGCCAACAACCUUCACGGCUUCGAGGUGGAUGCCAGGGUCUACCUCCUCAUGAAGAAACUGGCCUUCUGAGGCUCACCUCUGCUUGCCCACUUCACUGGUUCCUCGAAUGCCACAGUCAACCUUAAAGUCAAAAUGAACUGUACACUGAACAUUGGUAUUCUCAAUUCUGCAGCACGUGACCAUCAUCCAAGAGCAGCUCAUAGACAGAGUAUGUGGAGGGUGAAGAAAACAUUUAGUUUUUUACUUUUGUAGUUACAGAAUGUUUUCUCCAAGAUGAUGGACUACAAAUUAAAGACUGUGACACUUAAGAACUGCAACCUCCAUCUGCUGGCAAACUGUAAAUAAAGAUUUCUUUUAUACAUAA